CCAAAGCCCGGCGCGAGGGGUGAGCGGGGAGCCCACGCGUCUGGAGAGGCAGGCUCGUGCAGGGCGGCGCCGAGGACUGAGUGGUUGGGUGGCUGGAUCCGACCCGGACGACGAGGACGAGAACCGGGCCGGAGCCGGGGCGGCGGGCAGGCCGAGUGCAGAGGUCUGUCCAGCACUCUCCCUCCCCGUGCUCGCCCAAGUGGUGGCGGCCGAGCGAAGGACUCGCGGCUGCGGGGCUCGCGCCUCUGUCAGUGCGGCGGGGCGCGCGAGCGGCGCGGGGCGCGGAGCUGAGGGAAGCCGAGGGGGCGGAAGCGGUCGCGACUCUUAGCGCGUGUGCUCGGGCUCCUCACGUGGCGGCCGGGGCCGCCUGUUCCCUCCCGCCUUCCGAGAGCAGACGCGCCGUCGCCUUCCGUGCCGCGCGGCUUCCUCCAGACCUCAGCGCGGGUGAGCCCUAUUUCUAGAGACAGCUGCUGCUGACCCUGUAACCCAAAGGACAAAAUAGCUGGCUAAACUCAUUCUUGGUACUGGUGCACACCAUGUCCUUGAAGAUUCAGACCAGCAAUGUAACCAACAAGAAUGACCCUAAGUCCAUCAACUCUCGGGUCUUCAUUGGAAACCUAAACACAGCUGUGGUGAAGAAGUCAGAUGUGGAGACCAUCUUUUCCAAAUAUGGCCGUGUGGCUGGCUGUUCUGUGCACAAAGGUUAUGCUUUUGUCCAGUAUGCCAAUGAGCGCCAUGCCCGAGCAGCUGUGCUGGGAGAGAAUGGGCGGGUGCUGGCUGGACAGACCCUGGACAUCAACAUGGCUGGAGAGCCCAAGCCUAAUAGACCCAAGGGGCUAAAGAGAGCAGCAACUGCCAUAUACAGCGGCUACAGCUUUGACUAUGAUUACUACCAAGACUACUACUGUGCCAGGCUGUUUGAUUAUCGAGGCCGACUUUCUCCAGUGCCUGUGCCCCGGGCAGUUCCCGUGAAGCGACCCCGUGUUACAGUCCCUUUGGUUCGCCGUGUCAAAACUACAAUACCUGUCAAACUCUUUGCCCGUUCCACAGCUAUCACUACUGGCUCAGCCAAGAUCAAGUUAAAGAGCAGUGAGCUACAGACCAUCAAAACGGAGCUGACACAGAUCAAGUCCAACAUUGAUGCCCUGUUGGGUCGCUUGGAGCAGAUUGCUGAGGAACAGAAGGCCAAUCCAGAUGGCAAGAAGAAGGGUGACAGCAGCAGUGGUGGAGGAGGGGGCAGCAGCAGUGGUGGAGGCGGCAGUGGCAAUGUUGGUAGUGGCGGCAGCGGUGGCAGUGGGAGCAGCAGCAGCCGGCCACCAGCACCCCAAGAAGACACAGCUUCUGAGGCAGGCACACCCCAAGGAGAAGUCCAGACUCGAGAUGAUGGUGAUGAGGAGGGACUGCUCACACAUAGCGAGGAGGAGCUGGAGCACAGCCAGGACACAGAUGCAGAAGAUGGGGCCUUGCAGUAAGCAGGAGCAUUGGCCAUCAGCAGAAGGGCAUCACUGUCUCAGGCCUCAAGCCAGGCACCCAUCUCUGGAUGCCAGUCUAUAGAGAGUACCAGAGGAAGGCUGGCAGCAGUAACUUCUCUCCCCAUUGCAUCCCAGCCAGUGAGUGCUACAUCCUUUGCAAGUGGAGUUACUGGCCUACCCUUAUCCCACGCACUCUUCCUGUCUGCACUGCCUGGGCCAAGGGGCAGAAGCACUCUGUUCUUUUUUUCCCAGGACAUUCCCAGGCUUGGGGUUUUUCUAUAGGUUUGAAAGUAAAGGGGGUUGGGAAGGGCGGCACGGGGGGUAGGGAGGGCUGACAAUAAAGAGAUUGGAUCCAAAUACGCUCUGA